AUGUCCAAGCCAAGCCAGUACCUCCUCAUCUCCCUCCCCUCCUCCAUCGUCCCCUCGCACCACCGCGACGACGCCCUCGAAGCCGUCUCCGUCACCGUCUCUCCCGACAAUGGCUCCGUGGCCUCCUUCCCGAUCCCCGAGUUCAAGAUCGGCACACUAGAUGCGCUCGUCCAGCAGGCUGACGAGCUGGCUAAGCUUGAAGGCCAGUGCCAGGCUGUCGUGGGCAAGGUCGGCGAUGCGUUGAAGAAUAUCCUUGAGGGAGACGAGGCGCAGAUUGAGCGCAUGAAGGUCGUCAAUGAUAAGCCGGUUGACCAGUAUCUUCGCACCUUCCAGUGGAAUAAGGUCAAGUACCGUGCGGACAAGUCGCUCGCCGAGUUGAUUGAUCUUCUGCAGAAGGAGGGUGCCAGCAUCGACAACGACAUCCGCUUCAAAUACUCCCAAUAUAACCAGGUUAAGAACACGCUGGCGACCCUGCAGCGGAAACAAACGUCCGGGUUCCCUCCUCACUUACCCCAAGCACAACUAACAGCAUACAGAGGAAACCUCUCCACAAAAUCGCUCGCCUCAAUCAUCGACCCCCGCUCUAUUGUUCAAGACUCCGAGUUCAUCGAAACACACCUCGUCGCCGUCCCCUCGCAGCAAGUAAAGGAUUUCCUGAAGACCUACGAAACCAUCACGGCAAUGGUCGUCCCCCGCUCCGCCCAAUUAGUCGCCGAGGACAGCGAAUUCUCGCUGUACGCCGUGACGACGUUCAAGAAGCACAGCGUGGAGUUCGUGCACAAGGCCCGCGAGCAGAAGUGGAUCCCGCGCGACUUCAAGUACGUUGAGGGUGGCAAGGAGGAGGAGGCGAAGGAGGUCGAGCGUGUUGGUGGCGACGAGCGCAAGCUCUGGGGGGAGACGUUGCGUCUUGGUCGCACGGCUUGGAGCGAGGCUGUUAUGGUCUGGAUCCAUGUGUUGGUCCUGCGGGUGUUUGUUGAGACGGUGUUGCGGUAUGGAUUGCCUUUGGACUUUGUCUGUGGCUUGAUUCGGGCUCCUACUACCAAGCAGGCGGAUCGUGCAAAGAAGAACCUUGAGGAUAAGUACUCUUACCUGGCUGGCAAUGCCUUUGGGCGUGACAAGAAGGGCCGUGUCAAGCGGGAUGACCCCAAUGAGAUGCAUGGUGCUGAGAGUAAUGCGGAGUACACGCCAUACGUGUUCUACGAAUUCGAGUUCAACUAA